AGCACCUGGCAUUCCAGUGAAGGAAAGGGUGAAAGUCUCUCAAAACUGGAGGCAUGGACGCUGCCGGAGGGAGACAGUCCUGAAAUGGAAAUGCAAAAGGCCUAUUUGUUGGUUCUUUGGAGGUGACACAAAAAGCAAGAUCUCCAACAAGGAGCUUACUACCUGCAUUUUGAUGCCCUGGAUGGAGCUGGAUGGCCAGUAUCUCUAUCUGUCACAAGCCGAGAACAUCCAGGCCUACCAACUCUGUCCAGAUGGUACGGGUUUGCAGCGUCACCCUCAGGCUAUCUUCUCUGGCCACCAGGAGGACGUAUGUCGCUUUGUUCUUGUCAACUCCCACAUCGUCAGUGGAGGGGGAGAUGGAAAUAUUGUCCUUCACAAGAUCCAUGGCUCCUACAGUGUCAAGUUCUCUGCACAUGAACAAGAGGUGAACUGUGUGGACUUCCAAGGUGGCCUCAUUGUCAGUGGCUCCCGGGACAGAACAGCAAAGGUUUGGUCCCUGUCUGCGGGCAGAGUCGGACAGUGUCUGCAUACAGUGCAGACAGAGGAUCGAGUGUGGUCCAUUGCUAUCAGCCCGUUAUUAAGUCUAGUCUCUCUUCAGUUUCUGACUCUGAGAAGCACUGGAAGGCAAAAUAAAGGACAUUUACUAAGCUACUCAUUUGUGACAGGAACUGCCUGCUGUGGACACACGUCACCUCUGAGAAUCUGGGACUUCGAGAGCGGUCAGCUGUUAACCUGCUUAGGGACUGACUUUCACCAUGGAGCUGGAGUGCUUGAUGUCUUCUAUGAAACUCCCUCCCUUCUCCUCUCAUGUGGGUAUGACACUUACAUCCGCUACUGGGACAUACGGACCAGCACCAGAAAAUGUGUCCGGGAGUGGGAAGAGCCCCAUGACAGCGCCUUGUACUGCAUAAGGACUGAUGGGAACCAUAUGAUUGCAAGCGGCUCUUCCUACUACGGAGUGGUGCGCCUCUGGGAUAAGCGGCAGACUCAGUGCCUGCAGAGCUUUCACCUGUCUUCACCCACCAGCAGCCCAGUGUACUGCCUCCGUUUCAGUACCACCCAUCUGUAUGCUGCCCUGGCAUCAGCCUUGCACGUCCUUGACUUCACAGCUUCGUGAAGGGCAUCGUAACUGCUGGUCACCCCAACUCAGCAAAGUUGACACUUGGUUCAGGGAAAAGCAGUGCAGGAGAGGUGAGAGUGGCCCCAAGGCAUCUAUAGAGAUUCUUUGCCUGCCAAAAGGCUAUAUUAAAGAGUCCAAAAGGGGCAAGGCUUAACAACUUCAUCUGCCCCUUAGUGGAAAUAAAGGCCAAUUGUCCUUUACAUUUUUUAUUUUGUGCAAGUCAGGGUUUGUAAUAUUAUCUGUUCUUGUUUUGUUUUGUUUUGUUUUUGGGUUUUGGUUGUUUUUUUUUUAAUUCUCCUGUGGACAUAUUUGAGGGGCAGGUUGAGCCAGAAUGCCCUAUCAGCUUGUAUGCUGGUCAGGUUGAGAUCAGCCAAACUCUGAGCCAUGUGAAGCAAGUCUGUGUGUGGGGUACACUGAUUUGGCGGAAGGGAAGGUGCCUGGAGCAGGGACUCCUUUUCACCUGUGCUUGCUCUCUUGACAGCUGCUUGUGCUGUUCUUUUCAGCCAAGAGAAAGAAUUGAGCUAAAAGGCAGAGCCAGCCCUGCUUUCAGUGUAUGCCUCCCCUAGCUGGCCAUCAGGUCAGGCAGUGCACUUGGCAGGGCUGAAACAGUUGUAUUUUGCUAAAUAAAACUCUGAAGGGAAACAGAA